AGCAGAGCAUUCAGCUCUUGGUAAUCAUCAAAGACGACUAACAUCUUGGCGACUAACAACACUCUUCUGAAGAAAUGAAAACCACUUUAUAGCGCUUUGGUCUGCUGAUGGUUGUUUACCUUCUUCCUUCACUUCUUUUAAAUUGUUUUGGGAAAGUGACAAGAUUCUGAAAUGUGCCACGUGGGAAAUAUACAUUUUCGAGCAGGAACAUUCAGGUUGUUGGAGGACUUGGAUGGAGAGUGACUGACAUUUUCCUCUGAGGUACGCAUCUGGCCAGGAGUAAAAAAAAUGGAAUAUCUAAAAUCCCUCGGAGGGUUGACAUUGAUUUUGGUUUAAAGGAAGAGGUGAAAUGUUUUGUUCUUGUUUUUGAACUCUAACCUGUCAUGAGUUUGUGAACGAGAGAAAAAAAAGGAGAGGGGAAAGUUAGUGACGCCUGGACAAACACAUGUUAAAUGUAAUCAUGUUUACCAUCCAUCCCUGUCAGCUGCACAUGCAAUCUCACAGGUAUGGGGAUAAAUUGGGAUGAAAAGCGAGGACAAGGACAAGCUUUUUAGGAGAUUCCAUCCAGCUUUACAAGAUAAAGUCUUUUUCUCCUCGUCUUCUGCAAAAACCGCUAAGUGCAUUAGAGAGAAACAAAGUUGCUGGUAAACUGUCAACAAUUAAAUGAAAUUCCAUUUUUUUAAAACAUAGAGCUAAUAUUUUUAACAUGAGUGCUGCUUUGAGAAGCCCAGACUUCAAGGAUGUGAAACCUGCGACUUCUGUUGCUCAGUUUUCGAACAGAUUUUAUAGGUUUCUGUGUUUUCUUCUCUUUUUUCAUGAAUACAGUAAGUCCCAGGUUUGGAUUUGGGUAUUUUGAAUACGAGAAACACUCCUGACUCAUUGUUUUGCCUGUUUUUCCAGACCCUUGAGACGCACAGCGAUAUUACCCAAGCUAUUUAAUUUUUACAGACACCCAAUUGUCCCUUAAGAUCAAACAGCUGCUCUCUUCGUUGCUCUCAAUUCAGCAGUCUGCUAUUUUUGUUUCCCUCUAUGAAUGAUCAUCUGUUGAUCCUGACAGACAUUUCAAGGCUACAGUUACCUCUGAGAUGUUGGAACACCCAACACAGAUGUUGUAUUAAAGAAUACUUCAUAAAUCAAGGGACACACGGUGAUGCUUUAUGGUAUUCUGCAAGUAAAUGCUUCUUCAAAUUUUUAUUUUCUUACUCCAGCCUGACUGAAUUUCCUGGCAGCAAUCCUUCAUGGUGGCAACAUGUCCGACUUGAUCUCUAACACCGUCAGUACCUUCAAUACUCUGGAGUCCAACCCUUGGCCUUCAACUUUUCCUGAUAACUCAACACACUUUAGGUGUCAGGUGAGCGAUGUAGUCCGCAAUGGGAUUGAAACGCAACCCGCAAACUGGUCACAACACAAUGCCCUGGGACAAUUCGGAUCUCGUUGCCUUCACUCUGAAUCGUCGGUGGAGAAGAACUGGCCAGCACUGCUGAUUUUGGUCGCCAUUGGCGUUACAGUCAUGGGCAACAUCCUGGUAAUCCUGGCGGUUUCAUUUGAGAAAAAGCUGCAGAACGCCACUAACUAUUUCUUGAUGUCAUUGGCAGUGGCUGACAUGCUCCUCGGCAUCUUGGUGAUGCCGGUUUCCAUGGUGACCAUUAUCUACGAUUACAAGUGGCCUCUUCCCUCUGACCUUUGUCCAAUCUGGAUCUACCUGGAUGUCCUAUUUUCCACAGCGUCUAUCAUGCAUCUCUGCGCCAUUUCACUGGAUCGAUACAUUGCCAUAAGAAACCCAAUCCACCAUAGUCGCUUCAAUUCUCACACUAAGGCUCGCAUCAAGAUCAUGGCAGUAUGGACCAUCUCAGUGGGGAUCUCAAUGCCGAUUCCUGUGUUGGGACUUAGAGACCACUCCAAAGUGUUUAAAAAUGGAAACUGCCUGCUGACAGAUGACAACUUUGUACUGGUGGGCUCCUUCAUCGCCUUCUUCGUUCCUCUAACCAUCAUGAUUGUCACCUACUUCUUGACCAUCAAUGCUCUGCAGAACGAAGCCACGCUCUGCUUGGACCAGCUCGUUCCACGUCCCAAAUGGAGCACCACGUUCACACUGAACUUCUUUCCUCAAAGCUCUGUAUCCUCUGAGAAACUCUUCAGGCGCUCAAUAAGCCGAGAGGUCGCAGGAAGAGGAAGCAGUGGUGGCCUCAGUGGUGCUCGUGAGAGCAUCUCUGGUUCGAUGUUUGGACGGCGCACAAUGCAGUCCAUCAGCAAUGAGCAGAAGGCAUCGAAGGUGCUGGGAGUUGUGUUUUUCCUCUUUGUGGUCAUGUGGUGCCCGUUUUUCAUCACCAACGUACUGAUGGUUGUGUGCCACCAAACCAUAUGCCACCCAGAGGUCAUGGAGGGUCUGCUAAACAUUUUUGUCUGGGUUGGAUACUUGUCUUCGGCUGUCAACCCCCUGGUCUACACACUUUUUAACAAAACAUACCGCACAGCUUUUAUGCGCUACAUUCGCUGCCAGUAUCAGCCAGAAAAAAAACCCCUUCAGCUUAUACUCAUGAACACCAUCCCACCUCUGGCUUUCAACUCCACUCAAUUACCCCUGGGUGACAUGGAGAAGUUACGCAAUGGAACAAUGCACUGUGAGAAGAAAGGAAGGAAAUUCUUCCUGCCUGGGAAAGAAACAGAGAACUGCAAACAGGGCAAAAGCCAAAGAGACAAAGACGAGAGCAGUGUGUAAAAAAUAUCAAAGAAAACCCUGGUUAAAGGUAGAUCUAUACACAUCCUGAAUCAGAAAAAUCCUACAUUUUAUCUGUUUGGUCCUUUUGAGUGAGGUGUUUGUUUGCUGAAGAUAUUAUGACUAUACCUACCAAGUUAAAGCAUAGAGAGUUGAAGUCAUGAGGUUAAUCCAGUAAAAAAGGUAAAAGGAAUUAUUGCAUUCUCAAAAAUCUUUUGAGCACAUGCACAUUUUAGAAUCAUCCAACUUCUCAUCAUUCAAUUAGACCUAGAACAACUGAAUGAAACUUAUCACUUUCUGAUUGAGUGGUUAAUUGCAGAUUCAAAAUUUCUAUUUGAGAUCUAACUGCUUUUUAACGACAUUCUUCUAUGUAAAGAAAGAACUACACUUUUAGCCACCUGGCCACAAUCAAAGAUGUCAUGUUUGCUAAGAUUAUUGUAUUUUUGUAUAAUUUUACUUUCCUUUGGCACUCACCUGUAAAUCCAGAAGCUUGUUCACUCUGCCAGCUGCCUGGCAUCCUACCUUUCAAUAAACUGUACCUUUGGGUAGAUCACGGGGGAUUAUACUGGAUUUGCUCCCACUUCGUGGAACAAAGGUGUUGAAGAGGGAAAACCUGUAAUACCUUGACUCCUAACACUCACAAAGGUCAGAUUAAGCUGCCAAAAAAGAGAAAAAACUUUCUGCCUCUGUUCUGUUGAAACUCUGUAUGAAUAGGGUUAAAAAUAUUAUAUUUUAAAGUGUGAAGAUCAUUCUUAUAUUGUAUUGCCGCUAUGAAGACUGCAAAAUGAGAUUAUAAUGACAGCAAAUAAAGAAGAUUUAAAUGUUGAUGUAACCCUUGUAAACGUCACAGUUCAUAUUGUGUUCCAAACUAUCAGUGCGCAUUUCCACAGUUGUUUCAAUCACAACACAUGGUGUCCAGUGCUCUGAUAGGUGGUUACCAAAUGUUUAAACUUUUGUGUUAAAAUCUGUGAAUGUGGAACUUCUGCAACACUGAACAAUUUUGACUCAUUAAUGCAGAAUGUGGUGUUCAGGCCAGAGUUGCACAUUGUGCAUCAUCGUCUGGGACAUAAAGCAGAACUGGGUUCUUUCAAAGGAAGUAUGUUAAUUUUUAUAUCAACUGAAAUUGUCAAUGUGCCCU